CAAAGUGCAGGACCAAAGAGAAGUAAAUAAUGUAUGCUUUUGUUAGAUUCUUUGAAGACGAUAUGUGCUACGCGUUACCCGUUUCAAAUGUCGAAGAUUUCAGACCUCUGCACAAAACAGAUUUUGAUAAUCAGAAGGUGUAUCUGGUUCACAGAACAGAACAGAAUGGCAGCGCAGGCCAGCCGUGCGAAGCACAGAUCCUUGCCCUUGCAGAUACAGUAGAGGAAUUUGAAGACAGUAUAAUGCAAAAGAAGAUGAAAAUUCCCAAGAUGUCCAUCAAGAAUUCAGGAAACUCUAUUGAGAACAAUUUUGGAGAGGAGAGAAUGCCACUCAGGCAUAAAAAGGCCCUGUCUCAGGACCAUGGACGCCCCCUUUCCAACUCCUCCAAGAGCCUGGCAGCAGUAGUGGCUCGCCUGGAGAGAAAUGCAGCUAGUUCCUGUGUGGAGGGCGAAGAGGACCUGGAUGAGGACCGGUUGGCUGAGGAGGGAGAGGAUGCAGAUGACGAAGAUGAAGAUAUGGAGGCAGAGCAUCAGCAACAUCAUCACCAGCAGCAACAACAGCAUUUGGAGGUGGACACGGAUUGUGUAUCUGGAGUAGCAGCAGCUGUGGUUCCUAGAGUCCUGUACGAGGAGCUGGUUCAUAGCUACAGGCAACAGGAGGAGGAGAUGAGGAGGCUGCAGCAGGAGCUGGAGAGAACCCGCAGGCAGCUGGUGCAGCAGGCCAAGAAGCUGAAGGAGUAUGGCAGCUUGCUGACAGAAGUCAAAGAACUGAGGGACUUCAACAGGAGGCUGCAAGACGUCCUUCUCAUGAGACUGGGCAGCGAGCCUAUGCAUGACAAUGGCACUCAGACAAUCAAGGCUGAAGUGGUUGAACCUAUUGUUGAGGCCCAGGAGACAUGCAGAGAAGAAGCCAACACCAGUUCCAGCUACUCACCCUCACCCAGAACAGUAUACACCUGCAACGAUGGGAGGGUACACCUCGGAGGAGGAAUCUGGGUGGAGGAAGAGAAGUGGCACCAGCUGCAGCGAACCCAGGGAGACUCCAAGUUCACAAAGAACCUGGCUGUAAUGAUCUGGGGUACUGAAACUCUCAAGAACCGUAGUGUCACUGGAGUUGCCACCAAAAAGAAGAAAGAUGCCCUGCCCAAACCUCCACUUUCGCCCAGCAAACUGAAAAUCGUCAGAGAGUGUCUGUACGACAGAGUGUCUCAAGAGACAGCCGACAGUGCAGAGAUUACGCAGAGAUUGUCCAAAGUGAACAAAUACAUUUGUGAAAAGAUAAUGGACAUCAACAAGUCCAUCAAGAAUGAGGAGCGGCGGGAGUCCAAGCUGCUCAUCAGACAAACAGUCAAGAUGGAGAACUUCACCUACGAUGGCAUGUAGUGAUCAACUGUUGCCACGCCAGCGCCUUCUGCCCCACCGUGGUCCACAGGAUAGUGAGGGGACAUGAUAUGGGUGGUUGGGGGAUGUUUCAGGAGCAGUUGUUUUCCUUUGACACAUUGGAUUAUUGGUUAUUAUGUGAAACGUUAAAACAAAUAGAUCCCUUCCCAGCUCCUUAUAGAGCAACCAUCACCGUCCUCAGUGCCCAGUUUCCUCAUUGGCUGACAGACAGCUUUACCCACUAGUAAGACGUUGAACACAUGUGAACUAGUUUGACAUGAGCUGGUAUGAGUGUUUUUAUAAGCUUUAAACAUGGGGAUUGGUACAGAGACAUGGUUUAUUGAUGUGUGUGCAUUUAUGUCAAAGGGAGAGAUGAGGUUUUUGUUAAAUUGGUUUAUUGUUCUGUGUCAGAACAUAUUUUUGAGUCCUUAAACUUUUAAAAAGUAAAAGGUUAUUUCCCUAGAUAACGUCUUCUGAUGCUAUAGAGAUGAUGAUGCUAGCUUGCAUUAGAGCUUAGUCGUGUGAAUGGUUGGAUAUUUUGGUGACUAACCAAUAACUGCUGAGUGUUUGCUGUCGGUACGUACUGCAUAGAAUGGGACAUCAGGGUCUCAGGUGCAAAAGUCUUAAUUGGUAACAGCCAUAUUGCAUUUUGCAGUAGAGAUUCAGAGAUUCUGUCGCUCCAAGAGAUUAAUUCUCCACCUUAACUGUAGGCCAAUGACAACACAUCUCUUUAUUAAGAAGAGAGCUUACAGAGGUUAAAUGUGAAGUUUGACUCUAACGUAGAGUCUGUAG